AUGUGCUUCCUCCUCUCCUCGGUCACCGUGGACAUUUCCGUUGUGCAAGACACGGCCAAAGUAGGCGUUACACAGGUAUUCUGCAACGAUUCCACCUCCCCGAUCAAGGAAGCCUCGUUCAACUUCCCGCUCCCCGCUGGAUGCACUGUCACCGAUUUCAGCUGCAGAAUUGGGACUAGCAGCGUAAUUACUGCCAGCGUCAAACCGAAGGGAGAUGCCCGCGAAGCAUUUCGGCACCACAUCCAUAACCAUGACACGACUGCGGCCCUGCUCGAACAGGGCACACCCGAGAUCUUCACCACGACGCUCGGCAACAUACCCGCUAGUACCAAAGUCACGGCCCAUCUGACAUACAUCACCCUUCUCAAGCACCAUUUUGCCAACAGCAAGGGUGUUACUACCCUGACCAUACCUCCUUCCAUUGCUCCCAGAUACGGGGAUCCCCCAAAGGAGUACGACGAAGCGGCAACACCCGACGUAUCCCAGGGCCUGACUGUUGAAGUUGAAAUCAUCGAGUCGAAUAAAAUCAGCUAUAUCGAAAGCCCUUCUCACCACAUUGUCGUUGAGCGACGGCAAGGAACACGCAAUGCCGAUACCUUCGCCGACCUCGCUGGUGGGGGCGACGGGAGUAACGUUGAGACCGCAUCCGUGAAGUUAGAUUCGGGCUCCUUGCUCCUUGACAAGGACUUUGUGCUUGAUAUCGUGACGACUCCCAGCGGCGGAGCCGAAGUGCCUCAGGCCUGGUUAGAGGAGCACCCGACCCUGCAAAACCACAAGGCCUUGAUGCUCACUCUUCCGGCUGAGCUCAUGACCAAGAGCGACAUCCCAACGCAAAAGACGGAGAUCCUUUUCUUGGCAGAUCUAUCUGGCUCUAUGUCUGAUAGAAUCCCCUCACUUAAGUCAGCCAUGCAGUUCUUCUUGGAAGGAAUACCUGAAGACCGGAAAUUCAAGAUCUGGUGCUUCGGGACCAGCUACAAGUCUUGGCAGCAGUGCUCGGUCGAGUACAACUCAACGACACUGAACUCGGCCCUCGCCUGGGUUGCAACUGAAUUUACAGCCAAUAUGGGCGGGACUGAACUCCUUCCCGCCAUACAGGCCAUUGUCGCUGCUAGAGAUAAGACUUUAGCGAACGAUAUCAUUGUCUUGACCGACGGGGAGAUCUGGCGUCUAGACCAGACACUUGAAUAG